AAACAGACGCCCAAUGUUUCGCCGAUCGGUGAUGACGCAUUUAUCUGUUUUCCAAUUCCAAUUCCAAUUCCAAUUCCAAUCUCUUUCUCUUUCUAGACUGCGGUAUCAGUUCCAGCUCCCAAUUCCCUCAAUUCAUUCAAAACCCUCGAAUCAUCUCCAAUCCAAAUCCCAAUGUGUUCAUUGAUUAUGCUCCGUGGAAUUCCCAAAUAUUGUUGAAUAUCAGGUUUUUUAAUCUUUGUUGAGAUGGUCUGUGGAAAUAGUAGCUUUGGAUAUGAUUGUUGCAAUUUAAUUUGCAUUCAAAAUUUUUAGCCAUGCAAUUAGUACCGAAUGAUAUUCGGACAGACGAUAUUUCAGAAACAGAGCCCAUUUUGUCGCAGCCUAGUAGAGUUGAGAGAUCAGAGGAAUCUUCAUCCUCAAUUGAAAUAACUGUGAGUGGCGAUUGUUCUAUAUCUGCUGAUGACCUUCCCAGUCCUGAUGUUCAUGAAAAUUACUCUCUGGUGCAAACAGACCAACAACAAUGCCGUAUAUGCCUUGAUACUGAAGGAGAAGAUUUGAUUGCACCGUGCCAUUGUAAAGGCACCCAAAAGUUUGUCCACAGAUCAUGUCUAGAUAAUUGGAGGUCAACAAAGGAGGGCUUUGCUUUUGCUCACUGUACAGAAUGCAGGGCAAUGUUUAUAUUGCGUGCAAAUGUCCCCCCUGACCGUUGGUGGCUGAGGUUAAAAUUUCAAUUUCUUGUUGCAAGGGACCAUGCAGUCAUUUUUGUUGUUGUUCAGCUGAUUGUUGCGUUUCUAGGUAUACUUGUGUACAAAUUUUAUGGAGAAGAACUCAGGGAAAUGUUUGGUUACGAAGAGCAUCCGUAUGGAUUCUACACAAUGGCAGUUUUAGCAAUUGUGUUGGUGGGAUUGCUUUAUGGAUUCUUCAUUGCAAUAAUAUGUGGACAGAGGAUCAAUGAGCGCCACUACCAUGUUCUUGCCAAACAAGAACUAACGAAGGAAUAUGUGGUAGAAGAUCGAGAAGCUGUUAAAGAAGUGCCUGAACUUGAUCCUAGCCAUGUAACAGAGCUGAGAAUGCUGGGCCUCUAUUAAGCCAAGAACUUUUGUCUGCCUAGUAGUCACUUCUGUAUGCAAUGAUUCACACGCCAAAGGACUUCUCACGUGAUUCGUUCAUCGUUACGUAGACUUCUGACAAGAUAUUGUUUAGCUUGCUGUCACGAUGCAGAUCUAGCUUUGUCAAACAAUGUGUGAGAUUGACCCCAGGACUCCUCGCUUUUAAUUUUUUAGAGUUUUAGUGGAUACCAUGUGAAGAGAACGCCCAAUUCUCGUGCAUUUAUAGAAUUCACGUCGUAGGUUUCACGAAGUUCAGUGGUGGCAUAUUCGGCCAAUAAGCCAAUAUGGCAACUUGCUAAACCUGUGUGGUUCUUGUGCUCAUGAUUUUUUCUUGCACGAAGUUGCACCACAUGAUUCUGCGCGAUUCUGUGCUCUACUUAUUUUCUACAUACUUCUGUGUUCUAGUAUUUUAAUCUGAGCUGAUUUUCCAUAAACUUUAUGAAAUGUGGGGGUAAAUGUGCAAUUUGGUUACAUUAAUGUAUUUCUAAUACCAAAAGUAUCCGU